AAGUGUCCCGCAACGACUCCUGCUCCGACCUGCCCGAGAUCCAGAACGGCUGGAAGACCACGUCGCACACGGAGCUGGUGAGAGGGGCCAAGAUCACCUACCAGUGUGACCCGGGGUACGACAUCGUAGGGAGCGACACCCUCACCUGCCAGUGGGACCUCAGCUGGAGCAGCGACCCCCCCUUCUGCGAAAAGAUUAUGUACUGCACGGACCCGGGGGAGGUGGAGCACUCGACCCGCCUCAUCUCUGACCCGGUGCUGCUGGUGGGCACCACCAUUCAGUACACGUGCAACCCGGGCUUCGUGCUGGAGGGCAGCUCGCUGCUGACCUGCUACAGCCGCGAGACGGGGACGCCCAUCUGGACCUCGCGGCUCCCCCCCUGCGCCCCCGAGGAGUCGCUGGCCUGCGAUAACCCAGGAUUGCCAGAAAACGGCUACCAAAUACUUUACAAGCGCCUCUACUUGCCAGGAGAGUCCUUGACCUUCAUGUGCUAUGAGGGCUUUGAACUCAUGGGGGAGGUUACCAUCAAGUGCAUCCUGGGCCAGCCAUCCCACUGGAGCGGACCCCUGCCCAUCUGCAAAGUGAAUCAAGACAGCUUUGAACAUGCCCUGGAAGUAGCAGAAGCUGCUGCAGAGACAUCGCUUGAGGGGGGAAACAUGGCCUUAGCCAUAUUCAUCCCAGUGCUGAUCAUCUCCUUGCUGCUGGGAGGAGCGUACAUCUAUCUCACAAGGUGUCGGUACUACUCCAGCCUCCGCCUGCCCCUCAUGUACUCCCACCCCUACAGCCAGAUCACAGUAGAAACAGAAUUCGACAACCCAAUUUAUGAGACAGGGGAAACAAGAGAAUACGAAGUUUCGAUAUAAGGACAGUGGUAAGAGAGUCUCCGGCUGCGAACUUAAUGUGCUCUCAUAGAACUUCCUCAGUAACUAAUCCAGAGACCACGUGGAGUUUGGUUGGACCCCCCGGACCUGCUGUUGUCUUUCCUUUUGCCUCUUUAUUGAAGAUUUUACUGUUUUCUUCACUGUAUUUAUUCUAUUUAAACUGCGAUAGGUGUGCUGCAGAGCCCUGGGCGCAGGCAGCAGCGGGAGCCGGGGCAGAACCAGGUCCCGGCAAGGCCAGGGCGGCUCGGGGGCACCCACUGUCCUCCCCCCGGCACGGCGGCGCGUCCCCCGGCACUGCCCACACA